GUGAUAUAUGGCUAUGGCAACCCUCACAUUACUCAUGUAGUCGAUCCUCAGCUGAUCAUCUCUGUACGUAGUACUCUUUCUCAGAGGGUCCAUAUACAUGGAGAGAAAGAUGGGAAGGGCACCGCGUAAUGACAAAGUGGGGUUGAAGAAAGGAAGAUGGACGGCUGAAGAAGAUGAUAUCUUGACCAAGUACAUUCAAACCAAUGGUGAAGGUUCUUGGAGGACUUUGCCCGAGGAUGCCGGUUUGUCAAGGUGCGGAAAGAGCUGCAGACUCAGGUGGAUAAAUUAUCUGAGAGCAAACUUGAAGAGAGGGAACAUCACGCCUGCUGAGGAAGAAACCAUUGUUAAGUUGCAUAAUGCUCUGGGAAAUAGAUGGUCUUUCAUAGCUGGGCAUCUACCGGGACGAACAGAUAAUGAGAUAAAGAACUACUGGAACACUCACUUAAGCAGAAAGCUAUACAGCUUCACCAGGACCAAAAAUGAAUCCCUGUCCACAAUUCUCAAUCUGGCUGCUGCAUGCAAGCCAAGAGGGUGGGGAAGAUCAUUUCCAACUACAAGACCACAUACGAAAAAGCUCAAGAACACAGCCUCAAAUACUGUUGGAAUAUCACUAGCAAAGCCUGCUCAGAGUGGUACCACAAGUACUAGGGUGCUUGAAUAUCCAACCACCAAAGAAAAAGCAGAUGAUCUACCUGAUACCAUUUUGGAACAAGUUGAAAAGAACCCAACAAUGGGCAUGGGUUCAUGGGGCCUAGAACAGAAAUGGGAGGUCGGAAGAAACCUUGGCAUUUAUGGUCCUUGCCUGGACAACACAGCAAGGAUAUUAAGCCAAUGUGAUGGCAGUAAAAGAGGAGAGUUAAGCCCUAAUAUCGAGAGUGAUAACAGUGCAGUUGUGUUGCGUCCCUUCCAGACCCAGAACGGAGAAAAUGAGGCCUUGGAGCCGUAUGAAUGGCUAGACGGUGAAAUGAUGCGGCUAACACAUAUUCUGGAAAGUGCGCAGAUCCAAGUGGGAAACGUGGCCCCUGAGGAGCCAAGAGAAAAGGGAGUGAAUGCAGCCUUGGGAACAGAGCAAGAGUACUUCACAAGUGAGGAAAUUAAGGAGAGUAGUACCGUUCUGACUAGCUCAAAUGCUGGUGGUGGGGAGUGCUAUGCUUGCUCUUCCUCUAUUAAUAAUGCAGGCUUUGAUGAUGAAUGGUUGGGUAGGAAUUGGGUAGAUGGUGUUGGAUGUCAUAACCAAGGGGCAAUAUGUGAUGAAGGUGACAAGAUGUUGACUUGUUUAUGGGAGGCUGAUAAAAGUCAAGCUAAAUAG